AUGUCGGCCAGUAUAAUUGUUCAAGCUACACCAGUAAAAGCGAAUCUCGAGGGACUCCUCGAUGAAAUACAACAAAUGGAUCUAACUCCGUUAGACCAAAAAGCGACAGUAGAAGUAUUGUGCCAGCAAUACGAAGCAAGGGCAAGGAUCAUCAAAGAAAAGUUGAUGCGCCUCGAAAAAUACGUUGGCACUCUUGAGAAGAUCAACGACAAAUGGUUGGAACACAUUCAACUAGCCCCAAUGUCGCAAAAGAAAAAAGAAGAAGAAAAAUACGAACAAAUGGCAAACGACGAUAGAGGUAUUUUAAAAUUAAUUAACAUAGGUACGGAUACCAUUAUAACCUUAUCUAUGUACAAAGAUGAUACAGAGUUAGCCCUUAAACGUCUAGCACAAAUUAAAGAACCUAGCUUAACUGAAUGUCGUCCAGUAGUAAAUUUAUCACAAUUGUCGUUACCAACGUUUAGUGGAGACCCUAAAACAUGGAGAGAAUUCUGGAGUAGUUUCGAAGCCUCCGUACACUCUCAAAACAUACCAGAUAUCCAAAAAUUAAAUUACUUGGUUUCUUGCUUAAGAGGAAACGCCCUACAGCUAGUAAGAGGUUACGAUAGGGCACCUGAAAACUAUAGAAUUAUAAGAGAAUUAUUAGUGGAGAAAUUUGGUCGUGUUUCCACUAUAAGAAAAUUACUUUACAAUGAACUCAUAUCUACAAAACGAAACAACCGAGACUGGAAAACAAUAAUCGAAGAAAUGGAGAGAGUUCUAAGGCAGUUAGAAGCAAUUGGCGAAAACGUAGAGCAACCUACCAUCGAAACGAUAAUAGAAUCCAAAUUGCCAAACUGGAUAUUAAACCAGGUUUAUCAACAAAAAGAAGAAGAUGGCCAGUGGUCCGUAACAAAACUUCGACAGCUUCUCAGGAAGAUAAUUAAUAGAAACGACCAGGUAAUGGAAUGGCAAUACUUGGAUAACGUCAGUCGUAAAAAUUUAAUUAAACGUCAUCCUAACGCAAGCAUUCCAGAAAAUUCAGCAUUGAUUGCAAUAAAACAAUUAAAGCAAACAAGAGGAACGGCUUCAGCCGAAAGAAACCAGCUAAAUCAAGAGAAUCCAAAUUGGUCGACAAAAAAGAAAAGGAGACCCUGUAUCUUCUGCAAUAACAAUCACUGGGAUAGCAAGUGUCACAUAUAUUCUACAGUGGAGCAGCGAAUUGAUCGAUUGAAGGAAAUCAAUGUUUGCUCUAAUUGUUUUAAAUCUGGACACAACGAACUCAACUGCAUAAAAAGAGCAAGUUGUUUUUAUUGCAAAAAAUCCCACAAUAGCGCCCUUUGUACCACUAAGACUCGUGAUUCUGGGAAGAUUGUUGCCAAAAAUGCAAACAUAUCUGUUAAUUCAACUAAGAAAGUUGAAAAGAAACGAGUACUGCUUUUAUGUAGAGAAAUUAAUGUCUUUAAUCCUGAUAAACCUGAACAUCAAGACUCCUCGAGUAUGCCGCACAACUCAAACACAAAUUGGACUGAAAACGGAAAACUCCGAUCAAGUGACUAUGCAAACGAUCUUCAAGUGAUGGAAGUGGUAGACAAAGGUGAGAAUUACCAUCUUAAAAGUUACAAGAAACAACCUGACAUAGUCAUAAGAGCUGACUAUUUCUUCAACUUUAUUCAUAUGGAAAACGCUCAGCAACUAAAGUCAGGAUUCACUUUACUGAACAGCAAAGUUGGACCUAUCAUAGCAGCAAGCGGUUAUACAAAUGAAUUGUGCCAUCACCAGAUCUUUGCAACGAAGACAUCUCAAGAAAACCGUGCCCCAGAUAUAGAUCAAUUUUGGAAGUUGGACUGUAUUGGCAUCCAAGAUCGAUCUGAUACACAAGAUGAUGAACAAGCACUGGAACAAUUUAAGAAGAGUAUCACUAAACAAAAUGGAAGAUACGAAGUACGUUGGCCAUGGAAACCAUGCAAAGGCAAAUUGAGCGAUAAUUAUGGAUUAUGCGUCAGCCGUUUACGAAUGCUGAUAGCACGACUUCAGUCCCAUAAAGAGGAAUUACAAGAAUAUGAUAAAGCAAUACAAGAUCAACUACAAUCUGGCAUAAUCGAAGAAGUACAAUCACAAAUGAAUACUAGCCUCAGAGAACGCACGCAAAGGGAAAUUACCUCAUCCAAAGGAGCACAAAAAAGAACUCCAAGAAAGGGAGAGAUUGUACUCUUAAAUGAAUCGGGAAUUCCAAGAGGAAUGUGGAAAUUAUUUCGGAUCAAGGAUAUCAAAAUCGAUAAAGACGGUAAAGUUAGGAACGUUCAGGUGAAAACUUCCACUGGGAAACUUCGCGAUCGUCCAAUAAAUGUCUUGUAUCCUCUCGAAGUUAAUGAUGAUGAAAUUCAUCUUGAACUUAAUAAAAAAGAAAAUAUGAAAAUUCCGCAAACCGAAAAGAACACUGAGGAGCUCCAGGAACCUAUUGCGAUGCGAACUAGGAGCAAUACAAAACGACAAUCUUGA